AUGUCUGUAUCGCCCACAUUUCUAAAUUUGCCUAUCACCAUUUCUGCCCAGGUUUUGGAAAAGGUGGAGCCUGUUGAUCUACUGGCCUGCCGUAAAGUGUGCCGUUGCUUGAGAGCAUCUAUAGAUAGAAUUGGAAUUCAUUUUGAUAGCAUAUGUUUUUAUUUAGAAGAUAAAGACGUCACAAUAUAUUUCGACGAAAUAGCAGUCAACUAUACUAGUGCAGAAAAUCGCGAUGUCCGCGGAAAAUAUAAGAUGAUCAUCAGAGCAACUAAUUUCACAGAAAGAGCAUUCAAGGAUUUGGGAACUGCAUUGAAACAUGCCCGAAAAUUUUAUUCUGAGAAAGGAUUUAUUGACCAAGCUGCCUGGGCUACUCAAUUUAUAGACGGCGCCUUGAAAGGAAAUGCAUGUGUGUUUGUCGAGAAGCUGGAACUUCACAAGCUCUUGUUUAGUGAGAUCCAUUCAAUCUUACCAUAUUUUGAUGCACAAUCACUAAGAAAAGUUCAAUUGUGGGAAACUGAUGUAUGGGGCCAAGACCCGAACGCAGAGGAGAAUUUCGAACGGAUUACACAGAUGGAACAGUGGCAAAAUGUAAAAACACUUGGUUUCCAAGGCACCGCGUUUAAGUUUUCAAUUGAGACUCUUUUUCAUUUUGAAAGCCUUUCUGUUGAAUUUGAUUUUUUCACAGAGGAAAAUGCAAUCAAAAUUAGAGAUGAUCUCAUGAAAAGAGAUACAUUUCGAAGAUGCGAGGUCUGGUUUAAUUCUAGUUGGUUCUCAACGGCACAAACAUUUGAUCCGGACGGAUAUCAUGGCCAUGAAUAUGACAUAGAUUAUUCAAAUGAUGAUGGCGACGACUUUUCAAUUCGCUGUAAACGAGUUGAAUUUUACGAUGGAGACGAGGAGGAUUUGAAUCCAUAUGAGCUCAUUAUUGAAAAAUUUUAAUGUCAAUAUUUGUUAAUUUUUCAAAAAUAAAUAUAACCGG